AUCAAUGGUGUACUAAUUAACAUUAAAAUGGAAACCAAUAGGGUCGAUACAGAGUUACCAAGUAAAAUGGCAGGCUUGGAUAUUAUGGAAAUAGAUGGUGCAUUGCCAGAUGCAACUGAAAUUACAACAGAAUUGCCUAGUCUGGAGUCCAGAGUCCUAAGAAAGAGAAAGUCUCUAGCAGCUGUCGAAUCAACUAAACCGUCGAACCGGAGAGUAAGUAUGAAACCUCGUAAACGUAUUAUGACUGAAAAUGCCAAUUCUAAACAAAUUGAGGCCUUAUACCUGAACAAAACAGUGAAAACUGUAUCACAGACUUUAGAAACUAUUUAUGAAGAACCCAAGACUGAUGCCAGCAGUAGUAGUAGUCCUGCAACAUUGAUAGGCGGGAGGAAGGUGAAGAGAUUGCUAACAUUCCAACUAGGUAACCAUUACACUAAGGAGAAAAUUAAGAAGAGAAGGGCAAAAAUCAAGAAGCUGCUCGGCAACAAAUCAUUCCUAAACAGAAAGAAGAUACCAAUGCAAGUGUUUCUUAAAAACAUUGAAUGUCUUGAACUAGAUGAAGCAGUACAAACAUGCUAGUCCCUAAACUUUUUAUACAUAUACUUAAACUACAUUUAAUUACCAUUGGUAUUCUUCAUUGUAAUUCUCUUUUAUACAUAACACUGACUGUUGUAUUAAUUCUAUAAUAAUGUAUGAUGUAUAGAGGUGAUCAUUUUGUAAUAAACACUGCCAUACAAUA